GACAUUCUGGAUUUUUCUCUCUGGAUUUUUCUCUUUCACUCUCUCUCAGACGUUCGUCUCAUUUCCUUCUAUCUGAAGGAUAAACACAACCAAUAUGCAGAGUGAAAGAGACAUUAGAGAUGGGGUUUCUCGGUCACGUGACUUGUUAGAUAGUUUUCAGGGCUUUGGGUCCCGUAGAAGUAUGUUUCCUAGCCUCUUUGGUGGAAGGGAUCCAUUUGACGAUCCCUUCUUCAGUCGCCCGCUUGGUAGCAUGUUCGAAUCUAGCAUUUUUGGUCCUAGAGCCGCUUCUAGUGGUACACCGCAGGGCGGUAGAGCCAAUGAAUUAUUAGUAGAAGAACUGAAUUCUGAGGAUGAGGAAGGGGAAGAUAAAGUUACUGAGGAUGGGAGAGAUAAUUGUGGAAAGCAAUAUGUUUCAAGCAAAGAACCAACUAUUGAGCAUCCGGAUGAUGUUGUGGAUGAUAGGAAAAGCAAGGAUGUGACUUGUAGAAAUGACCGCAACAAGGUGGAAGGUGAACAGUCCCAGGGUCGUAGUUUCUCUGCCCAGACUUGCAGAGUCACAUAUGGUGGUGUAGAUGGAGCAUAUUACACUUCUACAAGAACCAGAAGGGCAGGCGGUGAUGGUGUGGUGCUUGAGGAGAGCAAAGAAGCAGAUAGAACAACUGGUCAAGCAACACACAGAAUCUCGAGAGGACUUCAUGAUAAGGGUCAUUCUGUUACAAGGAAGCUAAAGUCAGAUGGAAAGGUGGAUAUGUUGCAAACUUUACACAAUUUGAAUGAAGAUGAGCUUCCUGGCUUUGAAGAAGCAUGGACCGGUAAUGUUAAAGGACACUUACCUGGUUGGAGAGGUGAAUUUAAUAUGCAUGGUAAUGCUGGUUCAGGUAGCAGACAACAGAAGGGAAAUGCAAUUUGGGGAGCUGGGCUGCUUCCAUCUGCAGGGCAAGCGCAAAGCGUCAGAGGAAAUGGAUCAGACAAUGCAACCAGAGCUACCUCUGAUGGGAGAACCAAAAGGGUUGUUAGAAUCAACAUAGACUAAGGCCGGAUACUUGUCCACACAUAAAUUGGAGACAAAAAGAUGGAAAAUAGUAAUUAACAUGCUCUUCCCAUGUGUUUCAUCUGGAAUUCAAGUCGUUUCGAGUAAUUUUUGGGCUGUUCAUUCUUCAUCGGGGAGUCAAUAGUGUUUGUAAGUCGAUGUGUAACAAGAAAAUUAGGGGAUGUAGGUUGGUUUUGGUUGUUUGAGUAGCUUAUUGCUGUCCAAUAAUUAUUAAUUUUAACAUCUUUACUUAAA